CUCUUGCCGUUCGCUUUCUUUUUUUGUUUGUUGUCUUUUUAUUCGGAAAGUUCGUUGAAAUUGUUUCCUGAUCGGAUCUUUAAUUGCUUAAUGUGAUUAUGAGUUAGCAUAUAAGGACACACACUCAAAAUGUUUAACUUUAUGAAAAAAAGCGCCGGCGAUGAGGACAAGGAACGACGGAAACGGGAAAAGAAAAUGCGCAAAGAGGCUAAAGGUGGUAUUAGUGGAGUCGGAGGUGGAGGCAUUGGUGGAGUUACUGGCAGCAUGAGUACAGAUGAACUCCUUCGUCUGGAUGAAGUUCGUCGCUCUUUAAAGAUUCGAGGCCGACGCAAGGAUAAGGAGAAGCUGCCCAGCGGCAUUACAGCUGAUUAUAGUGCCGAUUUCUUUGCGGCUCUAAAUGCUGAUAGCCCCACAACGGGCGGAGGCGGAGCGGCCAAUGCUGGAAACGGCAACGGCCCCGAACUGGAUCGUGGCAAUGAAGAGAUUGUAGCAUCUGUGAUGACCCACAUUGAGAGUCGGACAUCAACAAAUGGCUCCGGUAUUAAUGUGAACUACACCGAGCUCACGCAUUCCCUAAUGGCAGGAGGCCUAAAGAACCGCUUUCUGCCACCAGUUCCUCCAAAGCCACCCAAGCGGGGCAUUUUAAAGGGUUCCCGCAGCAAUAUGAGUAACGUCCACGAAGAGAUUACCUUUACGGGCAGCGGCGGUGGAGGAGGAGGAGGAGCUGGUACCCCCGAAAUGCUUAUGCGUAAUACCAUACAAAAUGAGCUCCUCUAUGAGGCGUCAUCUCGUGGUGCUGCUGGUUCAAUUGGUUCGAAUUCCAGUCAGCAUGGCACCUCCUUCACUUCGGUGGAAAGCUUACGCAGUGGAGAUGGCGAUCAUCCGGGGCAACAGCGUGCGAUGACAUUACCAGCAAAUGCCCGUUAUGGCCCCACGCCAGCUUCUACUGGCGGUCACCCCUCGCAUUUACAUGUCCUGACAUCGCCAUCGCCAAGUGCCGACAGUCUCACAGAUACAACAAACUCAUCGUUUGCCACGCCACCGUUCUCUUUAAGUCCUGUCGGUGAAUCUCAAGGGAUUUAUCGCUGGGCACGAGUUCAUGAGUUUUCUGAUGUGGAUUUGCCUUUGCCUCCGGUUCAGCUGGUCCAGUUGCCUCCACCUAGACAAUUAGUCAUCAGACGGCAGAAGUCACCACGUCAUGACUUUGGUUUCAGUCUUCGCAAGGCCAUUUGUCUGGAUCGGAGCGAAUCGCUGACGUCGCCCAUUUUUAGGCCGGUUAUCUUUGCCGAGCCAGGUGCUGGAGGCGGCGCCACAGGCCUUUUGCCCGGCGAUCGUCUGAUCAAGGUAAACGGUACUCCAGUUGGUGAACUGUCCCGGGAAAUAAUCAUAGAAAUGAUUAGGAAUAGCGGUGAUGCUGUUACCGUUGAGGUACAACCAGUUGCAGAACUGGUAGAGCUAAGCAAACGUUGCAUGGCUCCCAGCACAGCCACCGUUGAGGAGAUCGAUCAUUCCAUUACUAAUGGCAAUUGCAAUACGUUGCGACGCAGUGCCAGCAAACGCUUUAAACGUCAGAGCCGCCACGAGAAUGGAACUGGAGGAGGCGGAGGAGGAGGAGGAGGCAUAGAAGAAGGAUGUAUAAGUAAGACCGACGUUAAUGAUUUGGAUACGGAUGUGGCUGAUGCCACCCAACCGGAGCGUCUUUGGCUGGUACAUCGUGGCGGCUUCACGGCAGCCCUGCGAUUGCCGCCCACUGCUUCUGGUACGCCCCACGAGGAACAUAAGUUGAGUGUACGUCUGCUGCACAAUGGCGAAGAGUUGAUUGUCGACGAGGAUGAUAUCGAGAAACAGAACAGCCCUGCCCUGGAUCUGGCGGAGGAUAUUUGCGAAUUGAAAUAUCUAAAUGAAGCGUCUGUGUUGCAUUGCCUGCGACAACGUUAUGCCAGCAAUCUCAUCCACACUAAAGCUGGGCCCACGCUGCUUGUGGUCAAUCCCAUGGCUCCAUUGUCCCUCUACUCCGAGAAGGUUGUCUCCAUGUUCCGGGGCUGCAAGACGGAGGAUAUGCCGCCCCACGUCUAUUCGCUGGCGCAGACCGCCUACAGGAGUUUGGUUGAAUCGCGACGCGAUCAAAGUCUCAUAUUCAUGGGCCGAUCUGGUUCUGGCAAAUCCACAAGCUUUAAGCAUGCUCUCAACUACUUGGCGUUGGCUGCUGGCGCCUAUAAUAAUUUUAUAAAUGCGGAAAAGGUUAGCGCUCUAUGCACCAUUUUGGAGGCUUUUGGCAAUACAAAAACAUGUCUCAAUUCGAAUGCAACACGAAUGACACAGUUGCUUAGCUUGGAUUUUGAUCAGACUGGUCAAAUUGCAUCCGCUUCCCUGCAGGUAUUGCUGCCAGAACGACAACGGGCAGGACGUCGGCUAGCCCAUGAGCACAGCUUCCACAUUAUGACGCGGCUAUUGGCUGGAGCAGCUGGGCUGCUGCAAAAAGAAUUGCAUUUGGAAAACAUCACAUCCGAGGAUAGUCAUCCGUUUAUAUCGCUAUCCCAGAAACUUGAGGAUCGGCAUCGAGCGGCAAAUGAUUUUAUGCGCACGGUUCAGGCUUUUGAAACGCUGAACAUUGAUGCCAAGGCAGUGCGAGGCAUUUGGAGUAUAUUGGCUGCCAUUUAUCAUUUGGGAAUUGCCGGUGUGACCAAGCUGGGCACUGGUUCAACAGCUCGGACUCAGUUCGCCAAUCCAACAGCAGCACGCAAAGCGGCUGGACUGUUGGGCGUAAAUCUUGAAGAUUUAUCGGCGGCUGCUUUUGGGCUGACACAGCCCAAUUCCAAUGGAAACCAGUUGAGUCCCUCUAAGUCACCAACCUCGGACGGAGGACAGGAGUUGGCCUGGGAGUGCUUGGAAGCUUUGGUCAUUGGCCUAUAUUCUGAGGCCUUAGCAGCUGUUGUAGCCUUGAUAAAUCGCCAGAUAUGCACAUCGGCCCACACCAUAGCUUCUAUUAUGCUGAUUGAUACGCCUGGUUUUCAGAAUCCAGCCAGUUGUGGCCAACAAUUGGGAGCCACUUUAAGUGAUUUGCGUCACAAUUAUUUGCAGGAGCGAUUGCAAAUGCUAUUUCAUCAUACCACAUUGGUGGCUCCGCGUGAUCGAUAUGCCCAAGAAUUGGUCGAAAUUGAAAUGGACCAAUCAACGGAAAGUCAUCCGGGCCCAUUAAUAUCCCUCAUCGACAAAGCUCCACAGAAUCAUGUAGUGCGCUCAUCACAGCGAGACCUACGUGAACACGAUCGUCGUGGACUUCUAUGGUUACUCGACGAGGAGGCCAUCUAUCCCAAUUCAAAUGACGAUACAUUCCUAGAGCGUUUAUUCUCCCACUACGGUGAUCGAGAACAUCAUUCACUGUUGCGCAAGUGUGCAGGUCCACGACAGAUGGUUCUGCAUCAUUUGCAAGGCACCAAUCCUGUGCUCUAUGCAGUCGAUGGAUGGGUGCGACAUAGUCGAGAGCAUCCAGGAAUUCGAAAUGCUGUCUCGCUAUUGCAGGAUAGCAGUCGCGAGGAAAUUAAUCGUUUGUAUAUCGGAUCUUUGACCCGCGGCUCUGGAGCCAUGGUCUUUUGCGGUUCUUUUGCCGGUCUGGAGGGGACCCAAUCUUUGCGCCGUGUGUCCAGCAUUCGACGAUCCUUCACCACAGCCGGAGUGAAACGAAAUUCCAUUAUGCUGCAAGUGAAAUUCACUGUGGAUGGCAUAAUUGAUACACUACGCCGCACUGGAACACAUUUUGUUCAUUGUUAUUUACUGCAACAUAAUGCAGGCAAACAUGCCAAAUACACAGCCAACGGAUCGCCUAACUCGCACGCCAUGGCUCAGGCUGGCAGUGAAGAGGAAAUGGUUAAUAUUCCACUUCUACGGAGUCAGUUGCGUGGAUCUCAAGUGUUGGAGGCAGCGCGACUGCAUCGUCUGGGAUUUCCUGAAUCUGUGCCAUUAGUGGAAUUUGUUCGUCGUUUCGGCCUAUUGGCCGGCGAGUUGGGCAGUAAUAAGGAUGUUAGCGUUGAGCAAAUAUUAGCUGUCAAUGAGCUGGAUGUGGCCAGUUAUCGUAUUGGACCUAGUCAGAUACUAUUCCGAUCUGGUGUUUUGACAGAGUUGGAAGCCAAACGCGAUGUCCUUCUCUCGGAUCGUAUUAUACAAUUACAGGCAUUUUGUCGUGGUUAUUUGGCACGCAAAAAGAUGUCGCAACGACGUGUCCAGGAAUUGGCUGUACGCUGCAUUCAGCGAAAUGUCAAAGCCUUUCUGGCCGUACGUGAUUGGCCUUGGUGGCGUCUCUUAGUUAGGGUCACUCCGCUUCUCAAUGUCCAUCGCACUGAAGAACAAUUGAAGACCGCCAACGAAGAGUUACUUAUGCUGCGCGCAAAAUUGGAGAAAAUUGAAUGCGAUCGCAGUGAGGUUAAGGCUGAGAAUCAAAAACUAGAAGCCAAGUUAUCCGAACUAACGGUGGAUCUGGCCGAAGAGCGUUCCACCGCCCACAUAGCCACCGAGCGCUUGGAAGCCGAAACCGCUGAGCGUUUAAAGCUGGAAAAGGAGCUGGGCGAACAAGCAACCAAAGUGAAGAAUCUUCAGGAGACAAGCGAGAAAUUGGAAAUGGAACUAAUAUGUGCUAAAUCCGAUUUAAAUGGGAUAUCCGAAGAUGAGGAUGGCGAGAAUGACGAUGCCGGCGGUGGAGUAUACAAACUGAAAUACGAACGUGUUGCCCGUGAAUUGGAGUUCACGAAAAGGCGUUUGCAGACACAGCAUGAGCACGAUCUGGAACAGCUGGUCGGGCUUAAGAAGCAAUUGGAGAAAAAGCUUUCCGAUGCCUACGAGGAAGUUGAAGAACAACGUCAAGUUGUGGGCCAAUGGAAGCGCAAGGCACAAAAGAUGACCAAUGAGAUGAAUGAUUUGCGCAUGCUGCUCGAAGAGCAAAAUGCCCGUAACAAUUUGCUGGAGAAGAAGCAGCGCAAAUUUGAUGCUGAAUGCCAAUCCCUACAGGAUGCCGCACGUCAAGAGCGUCAGGCUAAGGAGCGUUAUGGUCGAGAGAAGGAUGUGCUUCAGGCUGAGAAGUUUACGCUCGAACAGACUCUAGCUGAUACGCGUCUUGAUCUCGACCUUAAGGAGGAGAAAUUGGCCUCUCUGCAGCGGGAGUUGGAAGAGAUGACCUUUGGCGGUGGCACUGAGGAGGAAAUCGCUCAAUUGCGGCGAUCCAAAAAUGAAACAGAGCGACGCGCUAAGGAGCAAGAGGAAGAACUGGACGAGAUGGCUGGCCAGAUACAAUUGCUAGAGCAAGCUAAACUCCGACUGGAGAUGACCCUAGAGACGAUGCGUAAAGAGGCAAGACGAGAAACGCAACAACGGGAUGAGGAACUUGAAGAAGUGCGUGGCAAUGGCUAUAAGAAGAUUAAGGCUCUGGAAUGCCAGCUGGAAACAGAGCACGAAGAACGAACUCUACUUUUAAGGGAGAAACAUGAACUUGAGCGUCGUCUGUCUUCCAUGGAGGAUCGCGAUCGUGUCGAUCGUGAUGCCGAAGAGGCUCUCAAUCAGAAACUCAGAAGAGAUUUGCGUAAAUACAAGGCAUUGCUCAAGGAUGCGCAAACACAGUUGGAACGCCUCAAAGCCGAUACGCCUGGCAAGACCCUGAUACGCCAGUUACGCAAUCAGCUGGAGGAUGCCGAAUCAGCACGUAGCUUAGCCAUGAAGGCACGCCAAACCGCUGAGGCAGAACUGUCUGAGGUCCAAGCCAUGUUUGAAGAGUCCCAUCGAGCACGCAACGACGCCGAGGAACGAGCCAAUGCGGCGCAUCGUGAUAGAGCCGAACUGCAAGCCCAGAUCGAGGAGAAUGAGGAGGAGUUAAGUGAACUCAUGAAGAAAUAUAGCGCCACUGUGAAGCAAUUAAAUGCUGAACAAAUCAAUGUUUCUGAAUCCGAGUUCAAGCUAAACGAAAUGGAGGCCGAACGGAAUAAUCUUAAAGAGCAGGUCACCGAAUUGCAGCACAGAUUGGAUAAUGUUGAGAAUUUGGGUGACCCAUCCAUGGCUAUGAUGUCCAAGCGCUUGGAGCUGCGUACUAAAGAGUUGGAAUCGCGUCUAGAACUGGAGCAGGCCACGCGUGCUCGUCUGGAGGUUCAAGUGAAUCGUCACAAAGAGGCUCUAGAGAAGCUGCAAAACGAAGUCACACAAUCCAAAUUGCGAGAGAUGCAGGCGCAGGAUACAGUAAAGAAAUCACAAAAGGCUCUGCGUGAUAUGCGUGAGGAAUAUCAUACGGUCUCUAGUCGGGAACAAGAAUCAUUGUCGCGACGAAAAGAUUUGGAAAAGAAAAUGGAGCAAAUGGAGUCAGAGGGUACGGCCCUUAAGAAUGAUUUACGUCUGGCUCUGCAACGAAUAGCUGAUUUACAACAAGCCAUGGAGGAAGAAGGUGAAGAGGAGCUGAGUGAAAGUGAUGAGAGCCUUAGCUCUGUUGGCUCCAUUAGUGACCUAGAGGAGCGUCUGCGACCCGUGCAUGUGAAGCGCAGCUCACAGCAGUCGUUAAACGGCGGGGCGGUCAACCAGACCACACGCACUUUGGUCUGUGAAAAGGAUGACAACAGCCCUAGAAUAACAGUGACGUCGCCAUCGUCGCCACAUAUACAUAAAUUGGCACUGGCGGCCAAAGCCAUACCGGCUCCAAAACCGGACACGAAAUCUGCACUGGCAACAACUAAAAUAACUGCAACGGCAACAACAGCAGAAACUUCAACAUUAUCGUCAGCAUCAUUAUCAACCAGGACGACAUCAUCGUCGUCGUAAGAAUUCAGUUCUUAUUUGUAUUUUCUUUUUUUUUUUGUAAUGAAUAUAUAUUUAUUAGUUUUUUAUGAUUUGAUUACUGUUUAGUUCAAUAUGUUUAACUAUUUAUUAUCGAAAUAUAGCUACACAAUAUAUACCUAAAUAGUAUAUAUUAUAUAUAACUUAAUAUAUGGAAAUGUAGUUAAUUUAAUUUUGCGCAAGAGUCCCUAUAUAUGAAAACAAAGUGAUUAACAUGUUUUUUAUCCUUCUCAAAAAUUGAACUAACACCUAUAGCAUAUAGUCCCUAUAGCCAACAUUAUUAAAAAGAAAACAAAAACAAUUAGAUAAAUCACGAUUCACGAUCAUAGACGAAAAUACUGAAUAAAUUAUUUUACAUACGACUCUUUAUAAACAUAAAACAUUAAAACGAAUAAUAAUAACAAUAUAAUGUAACAACAUAAACUAUCAUUACAUCUACAUGCAUAUUAAGCUACAUUUUUCAAUCAAUCAAUUAUUUCAAAAUAUUCAUACACCACAUUGGAAUACCUAACAGAAAAUAUGUAGCCCCAUACCAGAACUCAACAAAUUUAAAUAUAUUGUUAUACAACCCAAUAAAAAAACCUCAUAUUCUGCUGCAGGUCGAAGUGACCCAGUUUUUUAGAUUAACCUUGA